AGGUGGAUCACCUUUAUCCACUGGUCUACGUUGGGUCAGAGUCAACGUUCCACAAUACCGGGUACCAGGAGAAACUGCUAUGCUGCAAUGCGACUACGACCUCGGCAACGACACCCUGUAUGCCGUCAAGUGGUACAAAGACCACGAGGAGUUCUACAGGUUCGUACCCAAGGCCAAACCACAGGCCAACUGGUACGAAGUUGAAGGAGUCCAUGUGGAUAUGUCAAAAUCGGACAGCCGAAAAGUAGUGAUACAUCCUGUCAGUUGGAAAACUAGUGGUCUCUUCAGAUGCGAAGUGUCAGCUGAGGCUCCAUCGUUCGCAUCUGCUCAAAGUGAAGCCAAAAUGGAGGUUGUGGAACUUCCUACGGAAAAUCCUGUAAUAACGGGCGUGGAAGAGGAUUACCAGAUAGGAGAUGAGAUCAGCCUGAACUGCACUUCAGGGAUGAGCCACCCCGCUUCAAUACUCCACUGGUACAUCAACGAACAACAGAUUCAAAAAGCCGGAGCCCUCGUCCACUACCCAGUGGAAAACCACCAACACGGCUUGGUGUCCUCUGUGCUAGGCUUACGGUUUCGGCUCAGCAGCCACCAUUUCAGGGGCGGCUCCAUGAAAGUCAAAUGCAGGGCCUCCAUGAUGCCGAUGCUCUACCAGAGCGACAGAGAAAGCGUAGUUCAGACGCAAACGUUACCGCACAGAGAAGCACUACUUCUCGUCAAGAGCUCAACAAGUAGCAAUCUUCCUAUCGGAGUUUACUUUCUUCUGCUAUUGUCGGCAGCACAUCUAAUAACGUGAGAGUUUGAUGUCGUGUAAAUACCGUGAUGAAAAUGAACUGCUAUAUACGUAGUGUACAUAUUAAAGUGCAUUUCGGUGUCGCUUCUGGAACAAGACUGCUUGUUGUACGUUUGUUAGUGUUAUUCCAAAAUGUUUCAACUGUGAUAAAAUGAACUGAUGAUAGUCUUGUAGAUGGACUCGAGUGAGGUUCUGAGGGGGGCUAAAAAGAGAAGAGGUGACGUAGCCGAGUUGAUAAGAAUUGAAGGGAAAGGGACAGUUGUACCCUUGGGUCAGUAUAAACUACUGAGAUAUGGCUUGUUAUUUUUCCCACUAAGUAAAUUUGGAAGCUAUGUUGAUGCAAGGUUGUAGCAAUUAC